GUUAGCUGUUAAAGCUAGCUUUAGCAUGUAUGAGCUAGCAAUCCUGACUAGCUACCUAGUAAAUUAACGUAGCUAGUUCUAAUUCGAAGUUAGCUAGCUACUACGUCAACAGUAAUUUAGUUCGCAAACGAUAACUGUUAACGGAAAGGAACAUUUGAGCAAACGUUGAUUGUUAUAGUUUUUUCGUGUUGCUGUUUAACUAGCUAACAUUUUUUGACACUAGAUAUAUUUUGUUUGCAAAUAUCAAAGGCUCAAUGUUGGCUGUUUAAUUUCUGCUGCACAUGUUAGCUACAAUCAUAAAAAAUGGAACGUUAUGUAUUUUUAAAAGUACCUAACUAGUUAGCUAAAGGAGAUGCCCUGUCUUGAAGAGAGUAGUCAGUAUCACCUUGAGAUCUAAUGCAGUUGCUCAGAGUUACUACCAAUGUGUAUAAUAAAACAUUGGUUACUACAGCCGUUUGCCAAGCUUUUCAUUGUGAGUUGUUGCAGUGGUUCAGGAUAAUAUGCACCAAUAAUCACCUAUUCAUACCCACCCACUAAUCAAAAGGCAAAUAUUAAACUCACACACACUGGGAUUUGAGAUUGAUAAGCUACGCAAUAUGCUUCGCAAAUUAGCAGAUAACAUGGAAUACAUGAUAACGCAUGAGACAAUGUCAUUGCAACCACGAUGGCCGUAACAUGCAACUGGAAAAGACUGAAGGUUGGUAGCUAAAUCAAAUUGUGAGCAGAAUGACUAGGGACAUUUUCUUUAGAAAGCCAAAGGAUGUGCUGCUACUGAGUCAGUCACCGGAUUCAUGGAAAAAUGCAUAGAUAAUGUGAUACCGAUGGUGUCUUUCAAAACUUAAACUGUGGAUUGAUGAGAAACUGAAGGAGAGAGAUGCUGCUUAUAAAUACGGCAAGGUAACCGGAGACAAUUAUAUGGUUAAACAGUCCAAAUAUGAACUAUGCAGAUAAAUCAAGAUUACGAGACACAAAUGUAGGUACAACAUGGAGGAGAAAUUUUGCGGUUUGGAUACUAGGUGUAUGUGGCAGUGGCUUCUAAACAUCGCGGAUUACAAAAAGAAACCCUGUCAGGUCGUGGACACCAACGCCUGCCUCCCUACCGGACAAGCAAAACUUAUUUUUCUCACGCUUUGUGCAAAAUGACUCUGAGCUGCAGAGGAGAGGCCCUGAGGACCACGAGGCUACGUGCUUAAGGUCUCCACGGAGGGCGUAUGAAGUGGGAAGAUUGUGGAAAGGGAGAAGAGCGGGAUCAUUAGGACGUUGUGCCCACAGACUCGGCGCGUGUGUGUUGGGGCGCAUGCAGCUUUAGGAUACCGCACUGAUGGAGAAGAGAGACAGGAAGCCGGGCUACUUUGCCAGGUUGAAGAGACGGAGACAGCUCAAACAGAGCCAAUCAGAGAAGGCUAUGGCUGAGCAGAACCCGUCGGAUUCGUCCUUAAAGACGCCCGUCAUCUCCUGCCCAACCCUCCCGGCUUUUUCUGACCCCCAGGAGAGGAUAGUACCAAACCCACCUGAAGGUUUAGAUGACAGCAACAACAUGAGCAGACAGGCCAAGAAAGAGAAGAGGAGGCCCCCCGGGACAGUGGAGUAUACUGUGGGACCCCAAGAAUCUCUAAACAGCAUUGCUCUAAAGUUCAACAUCACCCCCAACAAAUUGGUGCAGCUCAACCGCCUCUUUUCCCACAGUGUCUAUCCAGGACAGAAGCUAUUUGUUCCUGACGUGGGCCAAUCGGAAGCCGACUCUCAGUCUGUGAGUUCCUCUGACCCCACCUCCAUCAAAGAUCUAUCAGAGAAGGUGUCACAGGAUGGAGACUUCAGCGGCAGGUCAGUAAGACCGUUACGACGUGAGCGAUCUCCCCCGUCCGAGGAUGAGAACCCCGCCAUUGUCAAGUUCAUCAAGAUGAGCUGCAAGUACUUCACUGACGGAAUGGGUGUGGUGGGAGGGGUGAUGAUCGUGACGCCCAACAACAUCAUGUUUGACCCUCACAAGUCGGACCCCCUGGUGAUUGAGCACGGCUGUGAGGAGUACGGCCUGAUCUGCCCAAUGGAGGAGGUGGUGUCUGUGGCCCUCUACAACGACAUCUCCCGCAUGAAGCUGAAGGACGCGCUGCCGUCAGACCUACCCCAGGAUCUGUGUCCUCUGUAUAGGCCCGGAGAGUGGGAGGAGUUGCCCUCAGAGCGCGACCUCAACCCCUUCAGCCGCUACGAGGCGCUGGAUCCCAAACGACCCAUCGUCCUGGACGACAUCGACUCUGCCCUUUCAGAGACGGUCAUAGAGAGGGCAGAGUGUGAGCCAGCAGACCAGUCUCCAUCAGACGAGGGUUUCACAGAGCUGGAGCUUCCCUUGAAUGGGAGUGCUGAGGAACCGAUGAGUGGAUCCAGACCACCUACCAGUGCUACCAGCCAGGAUCAGCGGGGAGAGCUCCCAAGAUCUAGUUCCCCUAAACGGGUGGAGUCCCAGGACCAGUCCCUCUCUGACCCAGUCCCACUGACCUCACAGAGAGGAGAGGAGGAGGACGAAGGACUGGUACAGAACAGCUCCAUCAAGGAAACGACCCAAUCACUGCCUGUCCUUUCAGAGACUGAGAAAGACGGUGAACUGUUGAAUGAGAAGCCUGCUAAAGAUGCCAAAGAUGGGAUCUCUUCAGGGCAACUGGUGAACAGUGUUAGCGACCAAUUAGAAUCAGCAAUGGACCAAAAUAGGAAGCUGAGCUUGAGUGAGACCGCUGCGGCUUCGGGGAAAUGUAGUUCUCAGGAACCCAGCCCUGCAGAGGAGCAGCUGAGUGAGGAAGAGAAGCGAAAGAGGAGCAACAAGGCGGAGGUGAAGUCUUGGCUGCUGGAGAGGAUGCAGACGCCCAUCCAAAACAUGCUGCUCUCCACAGAGGAGAAGAGUAAGACCCCGCCCAUGUUCCUUUGCUUCAAGGUGGGCAAGCCCAUGAGGAAGUCCUUCAUCAUUGGCCGGACAUCCAGCCCCGCCCACACGCGAGGAAAGCAGACAGAGUACUGGUUUGCUGUGCCCCAGGAGAGGGUGGACCACCUGUAUGCGUUCUUUGUCCAGUGGUCUCCUGACGUGUACGGUAAGGAGGCCAGGGAGCAGGGCUUCGUGGUCGUGGAGAAGGACGAGCUCAACAUGAUCGAUAAUUUCUUCAGUGACCCCAAGUCUUCUCGCAGCUGGGAGAUCAUCACCAUCAACGAGGCGAAGCGCAGGCAGAGUUUUGGCAGCUAUGAGGGGGAGGAGCCUUUUGGGGAUCUAUUGCCCAUGCUCAGUGAUCCCAGCGCUCUGCUACAGGACACACACAUAGAGAAGCUUGCUUGUCGGCUGCCAGCGCGGGUGCAGGGGUAUCCAUGGCGACUGGCUUACAGUACGGUGGAACACGGGACCAGCCUAAAGACCCUGUACAGGAGCUUAUUAGAGGUUGACAGCCCUGUGCUACUGGUCAUCAAAGACAUGAACAACCAGUUGUUUGGGGGAUACUCCACCCAUCCCUUCAGAGUAAGUGAGCACUGCUAUGGCACGGGAGAGACCUUCCUCUUCAGUUUCUGCCCUGAAAUCAAGGUUUACCGCUGGACUGGGGAGAACUCCUACUUUGUGAAAGGCAACAUAGAUUCUCUUCAGAUGGGAGGAGGAGGAGGUCAGAUAGGGCUGUGGCUGGAUGCUGACCUGUAUCACGGCACCACCUCCAGCUGUGCCACUUUCCACAACCAGCCCCUCUCUAGCCAGAAGGACUUCAUCAUCCACAGUGUGGAGGUCUGGGCCUUCGAGUAGCCUCCUCCAGUCCCCUCCAAAUCCCAUCCGGGGGGAGAACAGGAUCUGGGCUUCAACGCCCACCCCUUACUCUACCAGAAUGGGAAGCUGAUCAUUUGACAUGGUGUUUGAUGGGGUUUGUCCUGAGGGUGGCAGAGGUGUGAGAAGCUGUGGCUGGUGUAUUUCCCUAUUACUCUAUUGGCUGCCUUAUACCUCCCAUGCCACCCACAGCUAUGCCAGCAUGCAGCCUGCCUUCAGAACUCAAAACUUCUACCCACUUGGAGAAGAGCAACAUGUUCCUGGAGAAUCAGAGGCGAUUGUCCUGCAAUUGUCCUAGCUAACGGAAUCAAUCAUGAGUUCAUUUCAAACACAAUAUCAAAACAUAGGCAGUGAGAUUGUUGUGUUAGGGAUGUGGCUAGUGGGUGCAAUGCACAUCAAAAAGGAACAAGGUAUCUGGUUACAGGUGAGUAAACACAACCAUCAAUUCUCUACGCAGCAGCAGCAGCAAAUCAGAAUAUUCUUGUUGAUAAGUUCGUAACAUGUCAGGGGAAAAAACUUAGGUGAAAGAGGAGAAAAGUUAGAUGUUUUAGGUAGGCAUUUUGUGACUAAUUUCUCUUCCCAAACACAUCUGCCCCAAAACCACUUUAAAUAUAGGAGUAAUUGUUUACAAAGAAGAGGCUUACCUUGACUGAAGGUUAUCUUGUUUUCAUGUCUCCAGUCCUAAAUAGACUUAAUGAGAAUGUUACAUUGCAUUUCAGAGCAUUCCAUGUCUCUCUUUCCAAAACAACUGUCAACUAAGAAUGGAACAUAAAGGGGGUUUUGCAAUGACCAAAUGUUGUUUUAUUUUACUUUUGUAUCUGUUUUGUUUGUUUCUCAUCACAUUUUAUAAUUUCUUAUGAUUUAUUUGUACAAAGAAUGGUAUGAUUUUUGAAAUAGUAUGACUUUGUCACAGAAUUGUAUUUUUUUGGUGAAUGUGUUGGUUUGUUUUCUGUUUUUAGGUAAGUCCUGUGAUCGGCCACAAGGUUGAUACAUCCAAGCACUAAAUAGAUUGAAGAAUCUCAAGGCAGUAUUAGUCUGUCACAUCUUUGACCAACUGUACCUUCUCUUUGUUUUAAGGCGUGUUUCUGUAAGUAGAGUGAGUUUAAUCUACUCAACUGUUCAUUAGAACACAUGAGCCAAGGGAAGUAAGACGGUUACUUACUAACUCCAAGUUGAUUGGUCUGGAAUUAACAUCAAUCAUUUGUUUGUGUAUAAACCUGUCACUAUUGUCAUUUUCUGCCACGACAUAAGGGAAGGACCGGUGACUACUGAGAUUUCGGGAAAGAAAGGGAUAUACCAUUUGUUGUUUUCUUAACGUGUUCUGUUGAGAUCUUAUACCACUGUUUUCCAGACCAAUGUUGAUAAAUGGAGUGUUUGUUUGUUUCUGUCUCAAGUUACCAUGAGCUGACUAGACCUACUGCAUGAUAUACAGAAAAUACUGUAACUGUAAUACAGACAAUACUGCUUAAAUAUGACAUUCCCCUUUCUGCAUCCUACUAUUCACAAAUCCUUAUAGGCGUGGCUUUGUUUGUUUCUGUGUAAUAGAUGUUGAGUGUUCUCACUGUGAAUGUUCCCAAAGUGUUAUUUCCUGUGAAUCCAAAACUGUCAUAUUAUAGGUGAGUAUCACUGAGCAUAUUUAUUGUUAUGUUUAAAACAAAAUAAUAAACAUAAUACGAUUCCA